AUGGCUCCCAGUGCGCGAGGCUGGCAGAUGAUCGAGAUCGUCACCGUUUUGGUGGCGCUGUGUUUUAUCUCGGUCGUGCUGAGAGUAGUUGCCCGUUUGCAGAGGAGAGUUGGAUUUGGCAUUGAUGACUAUUUGAGUGUUGUAUCGAUGGUGUUGAUGAUUGCCAUGCUUGUAGAACUGGGGUUGUGGUGCUCCAUCGGAGGCAACGGGGCCCACGUGAAAGAUCUCAAUGCUGAUACUCUCAUGAACUACUGGAAGAUCUUCCUCGCCAAUCAAUUCACGUACUUCCUCCUCUGCCCUGCCAUCAAAAUCUCCAUCAUCUGCUUCUACCGCCGCGUCUUCACAACCCCGCGCUUCCAAAAUUUCACCUUCGCCCUAAAUUGUCUAAUCAGCGCCUGGGGAACAGCCAUCUUCCUCGCCUGCGCAGGCCAAUGCCGUCCCCUCCGCGCAUACUGGGACCACAGCGUCGACGGCCAGUGCUUCGACGCAAACCUCUUCUUCAUCGUUAAUCAAGCCUUCAACAUCCUAAUGGACUUUGUCAUUCUCGCCCUUCCAAUCCCGAUGAUCUGGAAUCUGCAUCGUGCUUGGCAGGAUAAACUCGCCUUGAACGGCGUUUUCGCACUGGGUACUUUCGUUUGCUUCGCUAGCAUCUACCGAAUCGUGGUACUCUUCUGGAUUAGUCCGGCUGAUCCGACUUAUACCGUCUACCAAGCUACGCUCUGGACACAUGUUGAGCCCUCUGUUGGCUUGAUAUGUUCCUGUCUUCCGAUUAUUCGGGGUCUUUUCCCGGCGUUCAAGUUAAGGAAUCGAUCUAAUCGCAGUGAUCGGCCUUAUUAUAUUAAUACUGAUAUGAGCAAUUCCAACUUUUUGAGUAAGUCGAGUCCGCGCUCGCCGGAUUUGGAGUAUGUGAAGAUGGAGGCGGGGUUGUAUGGGGCGCAGAUUGAGCGGACAGGGAUGGGCAGGGGGAGGGGGAUGCUGGGUGAUGAUUUGCAUCCGUUGAAUAUUAAGGUUCAGACUGAUAUUGCGAUUACGCCGGAGAGUGAAUCGAAUACGGCCGAGACUGUGCAUGGACAGCAUCACUGA